AAAAAAACGCCUAAACAUUUAGCUGCAAAUAUUCAGCAAAUAAGCAUGAAGAAAUACUGCAAAGGAAAAAAGCAAAUAGAUCCAAAACUGAACAUGAUCAAGUCUGAUGAAACUGAAACAAGGAACAAAAUUUCUAAACGAAAUGUCAUGCCAACAAAAGAAAAUGACUCAGAUAUUUUCAACCACGAAAUUGACUGUAUAUAUCAUAGAUAUGUCAAAAUAAAUGAUUCAUUCAUGAAUUCAGGAGCAUUAGAUAAACAAGGAAAAGAUGAGCUGUGCAGAAUGACGCUUUGUUUGAAUGAACUGAUGAAAUGUAUGAAGGAAUUUAAUAUGAAUGACUUGCAACUUACAUCUCUGGAGCACAAAGUCAAAGCAUUAAUUCAAAGAGUCCGAUACAAUUGUCAGUCUGAAAAUGUUAUAGCACAUGCUCUCAUACAAGAAUCUUACCGUACCUCCAUCAUGUGUGAAAAUCAAGUAUAUCGCAACAGCUCAAAAU